AUGCAUUCUACAGAUAAAUUUAUUUCUAUUUUAUUACUUUGGCUCGUGUUGGCAGAUCAGGAUAGGACUGUUUUCGUAACGACUACUAUUUCUACUGUUACAGUUCCUAAACAAACAUCAACUAUCACCCGUACUCAUACAACAGUCGUCACUGUAUAUGUGACAGAAACAACAUCAAAAACAUCCACGGUAAAAACUACUCAGACCUCAACUAGCACAUUGACAGAAACUGUUGGCCGGACUUCACAUAUUACAACCCACCCCAUUACUACAAGCACAAAACAUAAAACUAUUUCUUCAACUAUAACGACACAAACAGUUACAACUAUACCAAGUACAAUAACCUCACAUGAAGAUAUCACCGAAGCUAGUACUAUUACAUCUACCAAUAUAGUAACUGAAUAUUCUGAGAUGAAAGUAGAUUCCACAAACAGAUACAAUACAUACAACAAUACAACAAUCACAUUAUGUACAACUGAAAUUUCAACAUCUAAUAUUGAUGAAAUCUCCACUGAUAUUAUAUCAGAAAUUACAACUACAACUGAAACAAGGAAACAAGUAACAUUAUUUGAAACUUCAUAUACUACAGAAACAGUACCAGAAAUAAUUGCUACAACCACCACCACUACUUCGAUAGAUGUAUUCAUCACCACUUUCCCUCAAACUGUGACUGAGACAAUAAGUACCACCACUACAGAUAUUCAGACCCCGACGGUUACUUCAUUCUUCACCACAGAUAUUAAGACCGAGACGAUUAAGUUAAUCAUCACAGAUAUUCAAACCGAUAAAAUUUUUUCCACUACCACAGAAUUUGUUACCUCGACAACUUGUUCUACCUCUCUUCAAACUUUGAUAGAAACAACUCAUGUCACAUCUUCAAAUAUUAAAACAGAGACUACCACCAUUUCAGUAAAAACAAAAAUGACUGAGGUUUUUUGUACCACAACUACAAGUACUGAGAUCAUGACAAUUCAUGCCACGACCACAGAAGAUACUACUGUGACAGUUAAGGCUAUCAUAACAGAAGAAGUGACCACAACUGUCACCUCCACAUAUAUUAAAACUUUGAAAUCUGAAGUUCUCACUGAUACUACUGUCACUUCCACAUCAAUUAUCGAAUCUUGCAUAACUACAACUGUGAAUGUCCCUACAACCAAAACAGCAACUAAAUAUACAUAUACCGCUUUAACCUCGACAGAAACUAAAACCAAUAUUAAAUCGGAUACCACUAAAACAACAACUACAAUUUAUUCAACUAUUUCUAUAAUAAGAAUAAAAAUGGAUCAUUCUUACAUUAAAACUACUACCAUCAAAAAAAUACUUACAACUAUAAAUGUUCCAGGUUCAACUAUAUGUAUUACAGCAAAACCAUUUACCUCCAUUUUCACGUCAACUAUAAGCACCUGUCCAUCAACAACAACCUCUAGUACCACUAUAGUUCCGACGACAACAACCUCUAGAACAACCUCUACAACAACCUCUAGCACACCUGUAUAG